GGGAGUAUGCGUCUGUGGGUGUAGCUCUGAACAAACAGCAUGCGAGCAAAAUUGUGGUAAAUCGCUCUAAAACUGAGGCUCUCCAGCCCUCUUAUUGUAAGUACUAGUCAUUUAUUUAACACUCAAAUAUGGUCCUGGGCUGUUUGGGGAGAAUACAUCAACUGGCACACGAGAGUCCACACAAAGAAGGCACACUUCAACAGACAAAGAGUGAAAAGAUAGUGGGUGAGCGCCUUUUUUUUUUUUUUUUAUCCUUCAGAUGAAGAGUUGUUUGUUCAGGGUGGGUGCAGGGCACCAAGUGGGACGGACGGACGGAGGGAGGCAGUGAUAAAGGAAGGGAGAGUGGGUAAAAUGAAUGGUUAUUACACAGUUAGUCGAUGCACAAAUGUGGGGUGUCUGAGGGUGAUUGUGCAGAGAGGAGGGGGGUGCAUGGGCGGGGGUGUAAAAGAUCUUUUGUGAAGGCCGGGAGUUAAUCACUUGAGCGGCACACGCCAGUUCUAUGGGAGCACAUGUUGUACACCGGCUCCCCUGAGAGGAGAGGGAGGUCCCAAAACACACACACACAUUUACAUGUCAGUUAUGAUGCAAAGCCGGGUACAGGCCGGCUAGAAAAGCAGGAAGACCCACCCCCUCAACAGAACAGUUAGAAGACCCGGCACAAGUGAUCAUCCUUGCAUUUGCUCCUUUUUCUUUCGUACACACAGACAUGCACGUCUGCCUGUUUGUUUUCAUCAGGACUGGAUAGAUCACUCUACAGGGGCCUUGCUAGAGAAGGAUGCUUAGUUUGAACUGGCAAUGAAGCCGCUGGCAGAACUUCUCUGGGGUCAUGAGACGUGUCUCCUUCUCACUUCUAUGUAACGCGAUCACCUGGACCUUAGCCCCAUUCCGCCCUCACCUAUGCAUGCAGAGAUCAUGGGUAGUGUCAGCAGCCUCAUUAAUGGCAACAGCCUCAACAGCAAACACUGUAAGGCAUCCGAGUAUAUGUUAAAAGAUAGAACAAGCCACCAUAGGAAAAGUGGAGGUUGCAGCCUUGAUGGGUUACUGAAGUGCGGCUUCACUCAGGGGUCCUCAUCCUCCACUCAUCCCUCUAAAGGCCUUUCCCACUCCCGCUCAGGAAGAAGUGAAGACUUUUUUUACAUCAAGGUGAGUCAUAAACCAAGGGCAGCAUACCACAGAGAAAGAUCAAUGGAGGACUGGGUGAACAGAGACGGGGAAUCAGAUGGCCAGCUGCAACCUAAACUGCUAUUUAAGUCGGGGAAAACGAUGGAAAGGACCACUGCUGAGAAGUCAUUGGUCCGUUCCACUGCAUUCAAGCCCGUGAAUCCCAUGAGGGUUUCCUCCGCAGAGACAAGCCACAACAGCCUGGAUCGCAUCCUCUAUCCUCUGAAGAAAACCAGCAGUCCAAAUAUAAGGCACAAGCAAGACACAACAGGGACUCUUUCUGACUCUGGACGUAACUCUAUGUCAAGCAUACCGACCCACAGCACCAGUGGCAGCCUAAGUGCUUCCAUGGGCCCUGUCAGUCACAGCGAUGGCAGCUCAGCUCUCGCAAAUAGCCUCAGCAAGAAAGAACAACCCAAUAUACCUCCAUGGGUCAAUAGGAACAGCGCAAACCUUGACUGUGGUUACACGGCUGGUUUAAACAGCAGUGGGUUGCCAUCUAAGGCUAAUGGGGAUGCUGGCUCUCCAGCUCCAUCUCUCUGUGCACAUGAGCCGAGCCCCCUCUCCGAAACUACAGGUGGGAUUCGGUCCCCCAUUACUACAGAUGAGUCACUGAUUGAACGCUUGGAACAAAGGCUGCUGGAGAGAGAAUCUGAACUGCAGGAGCUACAGGUGAGUUUUGAGGAGAAGGAGGAGGACACGUGUCAGCUGUUUGAGGAAAGACAAAGGUACUGCUCUGAAGAGAUGGAAGGGUUGAAGCAACGAUGCUCCACGAAGCUACGGCAAGUGUCCCAAAUGGCAGCAAAAACACAUCAAGCACUUCAGCUGCAGGUCAGCCAGCUCCAGGCAGAGAAGGAAAGACUUCAGGAGGAUGUCUCCAGACUGACCCGAGAGAAGGAUCUUUUCGAGCUCAGGCUGAGGUCUUAUGAGACAGAGAGCACACAGCUCGCGCCGACACUCGAGGAAACUCAGUGGGAGGUCUGCCAGAAGACUGGAGAGAUCUCUUUGUUGAAGCAGCAACUUCGAGAUUGCCAAGCAGAUGUCAGCCACAAGCUAAAUGAGAUUGUAAGCCUCAGGGUGUCACUAAAGGAAAACACAGCAAAGAUGGAGAUGCUUGAAAAGCAGAACAGAGACCACGAGGACAAAGUCCGCUCUUGCACUAUAGAAGUUGAGGUGUGCCAAAACGAACUCCAGCGCAAGAAGAACGAGGCAGACUUUCUGAGAGACAAAGUGGGCAAACUGGAGAAAGAUAUUCAGGGAAUGAAACAGGAUCUGGCCGUGGCCAAAGAGCAGAGGCUGCAGCACAGUAUUCAACUUGAGGCCCAGACUCAGGCCGUCGAAGGGCUGAUCCAGGGUUCAGACUCCGCCGAGCAAGGCCAGGGGGAGGAGAACAAGGCACACAGCUCCCUCCAAAGACAAGUGGAGCGACUGAAGGAGCAGCUCAGGGAGGAGAAGACGGCUCAAGAGCGACUGGCCAGCAACUUUGAGCAGGAGAGGCGGACGUGGAACAAGGAGAAGGACCGGGUCAUCAAGUACCAGAAGCAGCUCCAGAUCAACUACCUGCAGAUGCACAAGAAGAACCAGGACCUGGAGAGGAUCCUAAAAGAGCUGACGGCUGAACUGGAGAGUCGAACAGAGUUAGGCAUGGACAUCCCCUACUCCUCAGGGUUACAGACGUAUGACGACGUUAUUGCCACAGAGAUUUGAAGAGUGCACACACUGGCAUGCUUUCAGGAAAGUGGAUGCUGAAUCUUGACUGUUGUUUCACUGGAUAAUUAUCUGUCUACAUGCAGUAUCACAACAAGUGGAGCUCCUUCACUGUUAAUUAGUGUUUUACACAAGCUUGAAUAGGAUGUGUAUAAUUUAGGAUUUUGUGUCCAGGCCACAAAAAACAAACAAUAAUUUUAACAUGUCUUUGGUGAUGACACUGUUACUUGUUUAAAAGUAAAUAUUAUUUAAUGUUCAAUUUUUUUUUUUUCAUUUACCUGUCGAACAGGAUCACUUAAUGUUUAAAGAAAUCAUACUCAUUUUUAUUUUUUUUUUUUGGUUUAAAAUGUAUUUAUUAGUUGAUACUUGAUACAGGCUAGACAACAGCUGAUUUAUUCAUUCUUGAUUAAUCACCGACACACGAUAAGCAUGAUAGUUGCUUAACAGCUGUCUCUUCCAGCAUGGCGAAAUGACAGUGAUAUAUCAUCUAUUGUGACUGCAGGUUCCUACGCCCUAAUAUCCUUGGCCUUGUUCAUCCAUGUCACUGUACGCUCCCACACUGUCCAUCUCAUGUGAAUACUUUCUAUAGCCACGCCGAUGUAAAACUUAAUUUAAUUUUAAUAUUUAAUGAAAAUAUGUGAAUCAA